UUUACCUCCCAUAUCAUCCAAGUAUGAAGACCUCUUUCUUUUUCUUCGCCGUCAUCGUUGUCGUUCUAUGUUCGACACUUCCUCUUUCUCUAACCCAACGUUGCAACGUAAAAGACCAAAUUACCCUCCUCAGAAUAAAAAAUUCCCUCGGUAACCCAACCGUGUUGGCCUCUUGGACCAGUAACUCCGACUGCUGUAACUGGCGUUAUGUAGAAUGUGACCUGUACAACGACCGUAUCAAAUCCCUGACGGUCUACUCCGGCAGCAUAUCCGCCACAAUCCCCGACACUCUAGGCAAUCUCCCUUACCUCGAAACACUCAUCCUCCGUAAAAUCACCAACCUCACCGGCCAAAUACCCGCCACAAUCACCAAACUCACCCGCCUCAAAACACUUACCAUCAGCUGGACCAAUCUCUCGGGUCCCAUCCCUUCUUUUCUUAGCCAACUCAAGACCUUAACCACACUCGAUUUGUCAUACAAUAAUUUCAACGGCUCCAUCCCGCCAGAGCUCGCUACGCUUCCAAAUCUCGAAAGCCUUCACCUCGACCGGAAUGAAUUAACUGGGCCCAUUCCUGACUCGUUUGGGAACUUCACAGGAAAAGUACCGGCUAUAUAUCUGUCUCAUAACCUGCUGAGCGGAACUGUUCCUAGAUCACUCGCUCAGGUAAACUUUACGUGGAUAGACUUGUCGAGAAACAAGCUGCAGGGAGACUUAUCAGUGUUUUUUGGUACCAACAAGACCAUUGCAACAGCUGACUUUUCGAGAAACAUGUUCGAGUUUAACAUGUCAACGAUGACUGAGUUUCCGGCUAGCUUGUCGGUGUUGGACUUGAACCACAACAGCAUAUAUGGGAGUUUGCCAGAGACGUUGACAGGGCUAAAAUUGGAGGCGUUAAACGUGAGUUAUAAUAGACUGUGUGGUGAAAUUCCGACGGGUGGGAGGUUGCAGAACUACGAUAACACGGCUUAUUUUCAUAACAGAUGCUUGUGUGGGUUUCCAUUGGCAGCAUGCUUUUAGAAUCAACAACACUUUCAAGCUUUAAAUGUACUUGUUUUUAAUUUCCACAAUUUCUUUUGUAUGUUUAGUUUGUUUUACAAGUUGAUCAAUAGAGUAAAAGUUCAGGUACUGAUA